GGAAGAAGUUUAAGACACGGUCAGGAGACACGGUGAGGCUGAUGGACCUGCUGGACGAGGGACUGAAGAGGUCCAUGGACAAACUGAAGGACAAGGAGAGAGACAAGGUCCUGACUCCAGAGGAGCUGAUCAAAGCCCAGAGGUCCGUUGCUUUCGGAUGCAUUAAAUACGCCGACCUCUCCCACAACCGCAUCAACGACUACGUCUUCUCCUUCGACAAGAUGCUGGACGACCGAGGCAACACGGCGGCGUAUCUGCUCUACGCCCUCACACGCAUCAGAUCCAUCGCUCGACUCGCCAACAUCGACGAGGUCAUGCUGAGGGAGGCGGCCGAGACCACCGAGGUGCUGCUGGACCACGAGAAGGAGUGGAAGCUGGGAAAGUGCAUCCUGCGCUUCCCCGAGAUCCUCCAGAAGGUCCUGGACGACCUGCUGCUGCACACGCUCUGCGACUUCCUGUACGAGCUCGCCACCACCUUCACCGAGUUCUACGACAGCUGCUACUGCGUGGAGAAGGACAGACAGACAGGUGAGGUGAUCAAGGUGAACAUGUGGAGGAUGCUGCUCUGUGAAGCUACGGCCGCCGUCAUGGCUAAAGGCUUCGAAAUCCUGGGCAUCAACCCCGUCCACAGGAUGUGAUGUCAGAAUGACCCGCUCGCUCCACCCGCCUCCAUCUUUGUCCUUCUGCUUCCACGUUCACCAGAAACGGUGCAAAGAUUAAAAAAACUGGACUGAAGUGACCGAACUUUAUUUUCCACAGAAUCAAUUGUUUCUAUCCCACAACCUCGAAUUAAAUCUCCUGUUAAAGAUCUUUUUUAUUAAAGAGCCGAGAUGAAACCAAACAUCACAACAGUC